GCGAUGCUAUAAAUAAGACAUCUUUCCGUCUCUCGGAUUCAAUCACUAUUUAAUCCAGUCUUCCGAGGAAGCGGGACAGAAAGCGAUGGUAAUUAGAGAACUACAGAUGACGAGAGUUAUUUUUUAGACGGUCCCGUUAUAAAGCGUGUUCUAGAGCUUACUUUGUACUAGUUUAUACUUCAAAUAGCCAAACGGACAUUAACAUGACACCAGUGUCGGACUUUAGGAAAAUGUCACUUUUGCCCGAUAUGUUAUCCGUUGCUAGAAGCCAAUCUGAUACGUCCUAUGAUGGAUUAGCAACAGCUCUUUUGCAAAAAAGAGGAAGGCGAUGCAGUGAAUGGGUUGGCAAAGACGACAGAAAAAUGAUUUUGAGACCACUGCAACUGAAUGGUGGUGACCACAGAGAGCACAAUGGUCUCCUCUACAGGAGACUGUCCAGAGCUUCGCCCAAGACUCAUCCAGAGACCACAACUCCAGAACUAGUCUCUAGGUCCUAUUCAGUGAAAUCUGUUAAGAAGCUUGCGGAGUCCAGGCAGAGGCAUAGAGGUUCAAGCAUACCUAGUGAUACAACUCAAAGUGGAGGUGUCAAGGUGAAGGAACGGACUGUGUCCAACCGAUCUCUUCCUCUUCCUGGUGAUGAGACAGAUUACUGCAGGCUGAGAAAUUUUAGUAUAACUUCUAAGGGAGUCGUCAACAGGGGUGACUCAUUUCGAUGCAAAUCGAAUCCACGUUUUGCUGAUUCAGAGGAGAAGACCGUGAAAAGAAAAGACACCGUUGAAGAUGCGUCACCCCUGAGGAACGAACAAAAGGAAUUGUCAGUACCAAAGAAAUCGUAUCGAGUUCUUCUCGUGGGUGCAUCAGGAGUAGGGAAAUCUUCUAUGUGGAAACAGUUUCUAACGUCAGAAUAUAUUUGCGCUGAUGAGGUUUCUAGCGAUCAAGAAGUAGACAGAGCAGUAACAGUUAUUCUAAAUACAGAAGAAUCUCAGAUGGAAUUUGAUAAGCAAACGUUUCAUGAAGGAACUACUGUAUUUCCUAAAUCUGAAAAUUCUGAAACUGACGCUUACGUGAUAGUCUACUCAGUGACGGACAGGAAAAGUUACUCACUAGCGAGACACAUCCUUUGCCUUAUGGAGAAAUGUAUUGAUACAAAAGCAGUAAUUCUGUGUGGAAAUAAAACGGAUCUUGCACGUUUGAGAGUAGUUUCUACUGAUGAAGGAAAGUCGCUGGCAAAAGAUCGUGGGUGCAAAUUUAUAGAGAUAUCUGUUGUUAUCAAUCAUCAAGUUGAUGAACUCCUAGUUGGAACACUAUCUCAAAUCCGCAUCAAGGCCAAGGUGGCGGAAAAACUAAAAAAGAAACGAGAUUCCCAAUCUGGCAACAGGAGAUCUUCCAUUUAUUCCGGUUCUAAGGCAUCAGGAGUGUUGAAAAAAAUUUUGAGAAAAGCGUGUAUGAAAUCUAAGUCGUGUGACAAUUUGCAUGUUCUCUAAAAAUCUAGAGUUUCUUAAAAGUAAAUAUAGUGCCUUCAUGAAUGUGUGAAAUUGUAAAUGUAUGCUUGGUUCAAUUGUUGUUUACUGCACGAUGAGUUCAUAAAGUGAUGAGUGUGAUUAUAAGUUAGAGUAAAAUUUGUAUUAUUCCUAAUUGAGUUGUAAUCGAAGAAAAAGAAUUCGUAUCUAAAAAAAAAGGAUUGCAAUUUCAAUUGCUGUGCAUUGUUUACUGCAAUUUUAAACUUUUCAGUGUAAAUUGAUUUAAAAACACACUGAAUAUAUUAAAAAAAGAGUGAGUGGUA